UCGAAGCGUUGUUCAGUCGCUUGCCACUAAGUGUCACCCUACUGCAAACGUCACCUUUGCAGUAGUGAAUUAUGCAUUCCGCCAGCAUUGUUCUCUUAGCGCUGGUCGGCUGCUGCGCACUGCAGCUGACCUUUGCUAAGAGUCAGCCGGACUGGAAUCGUCAACGUGGCCGCUCCAACGGACAACAAGAGGGCAGGCACACGCGGAGGAAAAGUUGUAGUUGCACGAGUUGCACAGUAGCGGUUAAGUUCUUUUUAUGUCCUGUACUUUGCUUUACUAGUAUUUGUUCUCCUUUACUAUAUACUUUGCUAUCCUUUACUGCCCUUAAAAUGACUUUUCCUCCAAAUGUGCCUGCUAUGGACAACAAUCCGAUACAAGAACUCGAACGAAUCAGCAGCGAACACCAUCCAGUGGAUCCCGAACGGGGGGUGCGGGAAAAGACUCGUCGAUUCCGACUGGUCCAGGUGGUCCAGGUGGUCCAGGCGGCCCAGGCGGACCAGGCGGGCCAGGUGGCCCAGGAGGUCCAGGGGGACCAGGAGGACCAGGUGGACCUCCCCAACAGCAGAAUAGUGCCGGUUCGCAGCAAAACGGCCAGCAACAGCAGCAGCAACAACAACAACAACAACAGCAAAGUAAUCCAUCCGGAAAUAAACCAACAUGCAGUGCUUAUUCCUGCGGCUUCCAGGGUGAUCCAUCUUGCAAAACGAAUUAUCCCAAUCAAAACUUAGAAUGUUGUGCUUGUACUGGUAGUUUUUCAUAUUCCUGCAUCAGCGCCCCAGGCGGAAAAUAAUUAGGCGUUUUCGCUUGGCAUCGGUGAAUAGUCCGGCCGCUUUACCGGCAUUUUAUUUGGUGCAUCUGCAGCUAACGCAUUACAUGCAAUUGUAAAAAAUUUAUGCGGAACCAGUGAGUGCGUUAUGAGAGGUUAACUUGAGUAAAGUACUGCAGU